AUGGUGUUAAUGACAAUGAUAGCGCGAGUGGUCGAUGGCUUACCUCUAGCAGCAACUAUGCAAGAAGAUGACCAGAGUGGCUGUAAUAUUUUGGAGUAUCAGAACCAGGCCAAAAUGCUGUUUAGAAAGUUAAGUCCACAAUCACCCACCCGUUGCUCCAUAGAAACAGGGCCUUAUCUAUUUCACUAUUUGAUAGAGAAUGAAAUCUGUUAUCUUGUGCUGUGUGAGAGAAACUACAGUAAGCGACUUGCCUUUAGUUACUUAGAAGAAAUUGCACAAGAGUUCUAUUUACAGUACGGAAAGAGGGUAAACACCGUGACCCGACCUUACACAUUUAUUGAGUUCGAUACGUGGAUGCAGCGCACACGUAAACAAUACGCCGAGGGCGGAGCACGAGCUCGGCGAGCAGCAGGGGGUGCAGCUGCUGCUCAACUUGGUGGUCAGUUAGGAGAUGUACAGAGAAUUAUGAUGCAAAACAUUGAUGAUGUCUUGCAGCGAGGGGCAAUAUUAUCAGAACUAGACACAAAGACACAAAAUCUCUCAAUGAUGUCUCAAAAAUAUAAGAAAGAUGCAACAUACCUCAACACCAAAUCUAUGUUAGUAAAGGCCACUGCUGGGGCUGUGGUGUUGCUAGUGUUUGUCUUGUACUUCUGGAUCCUUUAG